CUGUACUGUGUGCGCAUGGCGAACUGUAAAAUUUGCAUUUCUCACAGGUAAGGCGCCAUCUUGAUUUGUAGUUAACGAUGUGGUUUUCAAAGAUGUUUAUUUUUAGCUUCCCCGAUAAACCCAUACGGCUCGCGAGUAAUAUCGCUACUGAUACAGGAACUCCAUCAUCGUUUUAUCUCGACAUGGAUUGAUAACUAAUCACCAGAACACCGUGCCUGUGUCUCUGUUUUUCUUCCCUGGCCCAUUUUCCUCCUCUGAGAAUUCACUUUGUUUAUUGUCGUCGUUACUCUUUACACACGCCGAGGUGUGUUGACUCAUUUUUAGAGGACAACAGAUAAGGUUUGCUUAAGCUCAUGAUUGUGAUUCAACUGGAUAUUUUUACGCUCGGGCAAUUGUCAUUCUUCUUAAGGACAUGUGUUAUCGCAGUGUGUAAAUUUACGAGUCUCAUUUUGUGAGUGCGUGUGUUUACUGGAGGACCGACGUUCGCUGUGGGAACUGGUUACGACGUCUAACCACAGUCUUUAUGGACUCAAAGCCCAGAGUGGUUUCGUCGCUUAUGAGCUCGUCACGGCGUUCAUCAUCUUCAUUUGUGCGUGUAUCCUGUCAGCUGGCACUAAUGACACGUGCUCAAACAUGUGGUGGGAAUGUGACAAAGAUUGGUACUCGUCUGCACAAGCAGCGCAGGCUGGAGCAUGGUUGAGCACGUUUCUUUUCCUGGCUUCUGGAGGUGUGGGCCUUCUCUACCUCUACCGCUGUGGGAGACUACCGUGUUUUAAACAGCCUCCCGUCGCUGGACCUCCAGCCAACAAUGUCAGUGGCUCCGUUCCUGCUUACGCUCCAGAGUCAGGGGUGGACUCCUUUGGCGUGUCGGGUCCUCCCCCUAGUUACCCAGCUUCUCCCCCUAGUAACCAGGCUCCGCCCCCAAGUUAUCCGGAUCCGCCCCCUAGUUACUCGGCUCAGCCCCCUAGUGACCUGCCUCCCCCAAGUUACCCGGGAACUAUGGAUUCAAAGUACUGAGAUUACUGAAGGAGAGAGAGAGAGAGAGAGAGAGAGAGAGAGAGAGAG